AUGUCUGUUGACCUCUGGUUUUCCUCCAUGUGUGCAAAUCUGGAAAAAACAGUAAACCAGGUGAAGGUCCAUCCAUCUCGUGAAGGUCCAUCCAUCCCGUGGUGUUGGGUCAUGCGCGGCAAUCAAUCCCUACAGCUAAAGAAGAUUCAAGCACGGCAACCUCCUGCAGCCAAACAAGCCAUGGCCGAGGGAAAGGCUAAAGCUGAUGCUUUUGCAUCCUCUCGUGAGAGGUCCGUGAACUGGCAUGAGGAUCAGUCGAAGUACAUGCUAGAGUGGUGCAUGGAGUAUUUGAAAAAACAAUAUGCAGGAUUUAAGUUCAAGAAGGCACAUCUCAUGUUGUGUGCCAAUGAUUUAAACAAGAAGUUUGCUAUGGGGGUGACUGUUGAUCAAGUGGACCGUCACUAUAGGUACCAUAAAAAAAACUGGAAGUACAUUGCAACAACAUUGAGCAAUAGUGGCAAUACAUUUGUUGAAAAAAGAUGCAUGGUGAAUAUUUCAGAAUCUGAAAAAGAAAAAUUAUGUUCACUUCGGGAAACACUUGCUGCCACUGCCCCUCCCCCAAUGCCACAGCCUACUAAUCCUCAUGCAGCAUUAUGGCAGAGACUAGAGGCAAUUCCAAUAACACUAGAUCAGAGGAUUCUUGUUGGUGAACAUUUGUGUACCAAGGAGAAUAAAGGGCUGCAGCGCUGCGGCAAGAGCUGCCGCCUGCGGUGGAUCAACUACCUCCGCCCCGACCUCAAGCGCGGCAGCUUCUCGCAGCAGGAGGAGGACCUCAUCGUCGCGCUCCAUGAGAUCCUGGGCAACAGGUGGUCGCAGAUCGCGUCGCACUUGCCGGGGCGGACGGACAACGAGAUCAAGAACUUCUGGAACAGCGGCCUCAAGAAGAAGCUCCGGCAGCGCGGCAUCGACCCGGCCACGCACAAGCCCAUCGCCGCCGGGGCCGCCGCGGAGGCGGGCGCGGCGUUGCCGGACGCUCGGGACCACGACCGCAAGCCCGGAGGAGCCGCCGACGCCGCCGCCGAAGCGGACGGCCUCGCCCAGAACAAGCAGCCGCAGCCGGCGGCGGCCGUGUUCGACCCGUUCCCGGUGACCGACUUCGGCUUCGACCUGGGCGUGGCGGCAUUUUACGCCGGUCCCUACGACGCCGACGGCAAGGCGUCGUCGGACGCCGGGUUCGUGGCCGACUACAGCAGCGUGCUGGACGUGUCGGAGAACCUGGGCUACGGGGAGAGCUCCAGCAACAGCAGCAACUGGAACUGCGGCGCGGAGAUGAGCAAUGCCGUGCUCGACAGCGAGGUGCUGCACUGGGCCUCCGGCGGCGCCGCGGCCAAGCCGGAGCCCUACACGGAGCUGGAGCAGCAGCAGCACAGCGGAGGCUACGGCGGCGGGGGCCAGGCGGUGGACGACGACGACGACGCGCUGGAGCACAAGUUCUUGCUGCCCUGCGGCCAGGAGGAGAGCCUGGCGCAUUUCGACUUCAACUUGGAAUACUUCUGA